AUGGUAGUUGGACCUGCUCGUACAGUGGCCGCUGUUAGGGAUGGAGUGAAGAAAGCUUCAGCCAAGCGGUCACCACCGCCGUACCCGAAGCGGCAGCUGUUAAUUCUCGCACUAUGCCGGAUAUGCGAGCCUAUCGCCUUCAUGUCGAUUUUUCCCUAUGUCUACCACAUGGUCAAGGACUUCAACAUCACCAACGACGAAAGCAAAAUCUCCAUGUACGCCGGCUGGGUGACGUCUUCUUUCACCCUGGCCGAGUUUCUGGCGGGCUUCCUGUGGGGACGACUGAGCGACAAGAUCGGCCGGAAGCCGGUUCUUUUGACGGGAAUGGGUGGCACGGGUCUCAGCGUUAUCCUGUUCGGUCUUGCGCCUAGCCUUCCGGUCGCCUUGCUUGCCCGUGCUUUGGGUGGAAUUUUGAACGGUAACAUGGGUGUUUUGCAGACCACUGUUGGAGAGUUGGUGACAGUGAAAGAACAUCAGCCACGGGCAUACACGGUUAUGCCUAUUGUUUGGUGCAUUGGUUCGAUUGUUGGGCCUAUGAUUGGCGGUACUCUUGCAAGGCCGGUAGAUUGGAUUCCGACCGUCUUCCAGCCCGGCAGCAUCUGGGACCGCUUCCCGUAUCUACUGCCUAAUAUCUUCAGCGCCAUGUGUGUGUUUUUCGGCCUCACCGUCGGUUUUCUGUUCCUCGAAGAAACCCACGCCGAAAAAAAGUAUCGACGUGACCGCGGUGUUGAGUUGGGCAAAUAUCUGACCUCUCGUCUUUUCGGAAAGGACAGCAUUUUCCGGAAACGAAUUCGACGGGGAAAGAACGGGGAGGAUCAGCCUUUGCUUGGCGAAACGGACGAGUCGCUGCCUGGAUACCGCACCGCAGAUGGAUCGCCAGAGCUUAUUUCGACUGAGGGACCGAUUAUGCAGGAGGUGCUCGAUCUUGAAUCGACGGGUGAGAUUGUGGAGGCCCAGCCAGAGAAGCCAGAGAGGACUUUUACCAAACCCAUCAUCUUCAUCAUUAUCAACUACGGCCUUCUUGCUUUCCACACCAUGACGUUGGAUUCUCUCCUUCCGGUAUUCCUCAGCACCGACCCACAGGGCAGCCAGGACAGCUGGUCGCUCCCCUUCAAGUUCGCAGACGGCUUUGGGUAUGACACCCGAACCGUCGGCAUCAUCUUGUCGAUCCAGGGUCUCUACUCGAUGAUCUCCACGUCCUUCUUCUUCCCCCGGAUAACCGGUCGGCUCGGAGCGCUUCGUCUAUUCCAGAUCAUUUCCAUGUCGUACCCUCUGCUUUACUUCGCCACCCCUUACUUCGUCCUGCUGCCCAGCAGCGUCCGCAUGGCCGGCGUUUACAUCCUGAUCAUUUGGAAGUGCACCCUCGCUACGAUGGCCUACCCCAGCAACGCGAUCCUCCUGACCAACUCGGCACCCUCGACAUUGACGCUCGGAACGAUCAACGGCGUGGCGGCCUCGAUAGCCAGUCUGUGCCGCGCCAUGGGACCGAUCGUCUCGGGGUACCUUUACACGGUUGGAUUGCGGGUGGGAUACUGCGGAAUCGUUUGGUGGUUCACGGCCUUUGUGACGAUCGGCGCGUCCUUCCUUAGCUUCGGAAUUACCGAGCCUCGGGGGAGACUGGAUGAAAAGGAGGAAUUUGAGGAACCUGCUGCUGAAGAUGCGGCAGCGAUCGAAUCGGCAGUCACAACUGAGCCUACAAAUACCCCCACGGCCAUCAACUUGGCCCCAACAACAACACCAACAACAACAACCCAAAGAGACUGA